GGAAGAUGCGGUAGCACUAGGAGCGCCAGAAGCAAAUGGGAGUAAAAUGCUUCUAGAAGGGGAUCACUGAAGUAGGCCUUAUGAAGCUCUCGAGGAAGGUCUGGUUCUUCGGCGAAUUAACGUAUCUUCUCAUUUUCUUUUGCUUGUAUAUUACAAGAGCUAAUUCAAAAGAAAUCGAAGAAAGAAGAUCAUGUAGUGGAAGCGAGAUUAGGUUUCGUUGUGACGAAAGUAUCAUUGCCAUUCAUCAGGCUUAUUUUACCACAGAUGUAGAUAGUGUUAAUGUAACAUGUGCAGGAGAGACUGAUCAACGAACAAAAUGUAUCGAGGACAUCCGGUUAUCUAUUAACAGCAGAUGUUCAGGCAUUACUUACUGCCGAUACAGCUAUGAACUUGACCAUAUGGAUAAGAAAUGCUCUGGGAUUGGUGCUGUGGUCAUCCAGUUCGUCUGUGUUUAUGCUUCAGACGAGAUGGUACAGGCAUGGAAUAGAAGUGACAUGGAGUCUAUCAUAGCAAACUUCACCAACAGUUACAAAGUUAGAGAAAAUGAACUAGAUUUUAAGGAAAGAUUGUACAUAGAAGAAUUAUCUGUCUUGUGUUUAGAAAUUCUCAUUCCUUCGGUUCUUAUAAUUGGGCUUGUUCUGGGUAACAGCAUCAUCAUCAUCAUCAUCGUUCGAUUAAGGAGAAAGAACAAGAAAUAUGAAAAUGAAGAAGAUCGAGUGCUGCAACCCAGAACUUCCACAUCUCCUUCGGAGGUCUGACAGUUUUGAAAUGUUUAUUUAUAAGAGUUCAAGAGAAAGUUAAAGGUCACGUAUACUUAAUGUUACAGUGCUGUUUUUCUGAACAUUUACAAAAUAAUAACAACAAACAUAUAUGGCUUAUUUAAUAAAAUAACCACAUACACACAUCAACUGUUGUUUUUAAGGAAUAUACAAAACUGUAUAAUGUUAGGUAAAGAAUGUUGUGUUUCAGGAAAUAACACACAAGUUUACUGUAUUGUGUCUAUGUAACAACAACCACACAUACAUAAAAUAAGUGUUAGUUUUUGUUAGUAUUUUCUUAAUGAAGCAAUAACACUAAAAAUUACAACACAAUGAGUACGUACCAUAAAUUACAAGGUGGGACUUUUAACACAUGCAUGAUGUGACAUUGUGUAAAAUAAUCUACAUUUUUAAAUUAAGAAUUUUGUUUAUUCGGAACUCUGUUGAUUUGUACAAAUAAAAAUGUGUAUGUUCAUGAAUGUUUUUGAGAUACUACAGUAAUUCUAAAGUGUAAUGAUAUUUAUGGCUCAUAAAAUUGAUGUAAGCCAACCUAACCCUAUGGACUAGUUAGUCAAUUAUCUGUGUAUUCAAAGCAAAACUUAAACUUGGAGUAUUAAUCUUAGGCCUAGUUCGCUAGCAUUGUCAGUAUAUUUCUUUUCCUUAGAAGCAUGGUAAUAGAAUAAAAGUAUUAAACAAAAAUAUUGAUUUGUUCAGCAAAUAUAGUAGCCCAACCAUUAGUUGUAUAGAAGUCAUCCAAAUAUUUCUGUAUCCAUUACAAUGGUUUUCACAAUUGUUACAGUAAUAGCUUAAUGCAACCAAAGUUGGACCAAAUCUUGUAAUCAAACCAACUUUCCACAUAUUUCACUUCAGUACCUAAAUGAAAAUGCUAAAGCUUGUUCAACAUUAACAAACAGUUUGCAACUACUUUCACAAGGUGAAUGCCAUGAUACACAGAUGUUGCUAAACAUCCCAACAAUGUAGUUGUAUCUUGCUGAUAUUUUUCAUUCUACAGUUUGCACUGACCUUUAAUCUAUCAUUACUAAGACAAAUCAGUUGAUUCUUUGGUACCAGCUACUUUCAAGCUUUCCACCAAAUUGUUAUAAGAAGCAUUCUAAACAAGAAUUACAGUACAUUUAUUCAAAAAUAGAUAAAAUAAUCCUACAGUUUUUCCUGGUAAAAAUAAUUAAAAAGAAAAGUUCAUAUGACAUAUAAUUAAUGAAGUGGAUAUGAGAAAAGUCUGUGAGAUCACACCAGGAGAGAUUGCACUGUUAUUACACAUACAAUAA